AAACAUUCUAGACCACGACCCAUGCCGUCAUAUAUAAUCAGAGACAACCCUCGUACACAACUUUCCACACUCUCCAGAUUACCAUCUCCAUCUAGACCAAUUCACUCUAGAUUUCUACGAUGUCCUCAUUCUGCGAUGCAGGAUACCCUGUGAACGAUCUUCUUGUCGCUUCAUCAUAUCCAGUGACGACCCCUGUUUAUUCCCCUCCCUAUGAUGUGCGCGGAAGACAGCAAAAUUUCGUCGAAAGUGCGCAGCAGAGGAAGGAACGGAUCGAAUUUUUGAAAAAGAGAGAAUGGGCACGUCGUGUUGCCGAGUGGAUUCGAGAGACCAGUGCACGGCAGGAUGUGAUGACGUUUGGGUGUUCUGGUAGUCUUGCGGCAUCGUCAAAGAUGCCAGAGAAUGGCGAUGUCGCACGUUUGACUGCUUCGGCGUCAUCUCUCUCCCUAUUUUCGAGCGAGGAAGAAGAAGAACCCUAUGUCAUUUAUAGUUCAUCUCCGUCUUCUUCCAUGUCGUCCUUAUCCGACGACUUGCCUACAUCCUCGGCCGCCUCCACUAGUACUUCGCACCCUUCAAUCAGCAUUCAUCCACUGUCAAGCUCCAUGCCCCCUGUCGUUCCCUCCAAGCGCACCCACCACCGUCGUAGAAGUAGUGCUAGUCUCGUGACUCCACGUCGCCGACUUUCCUUGUCCAGUAUUUGCGAGGUUCCGGAGGAAGAUUGAUUCGCAUCCGAAUGGUUGGAAUUGUCGGAAGGAAGUUCAAGGGAUCAAACCGGUUUUGGUCAAAUCAGUGCCACGUAUCCGCAUUCUCAAGGUUUUCGUUUACGAGUAUUCUCCCUAACUUUUCACCUUGUCGCUUUUCAGUGACGCGUUCAUGACCACUUUUGCGGACAUGCUGACCGCUCUCUAUACCUGUACACGCAUACCCCCGUUUCUCCAUCGCCUUGCAUCGCUGUUCAGUGUCUUUGUACAUUACGUGUAAUUGUGCUACAUUAGUGUUUCAGUAGUAUUUCUCCAGCUCGCCGACGUAUAAAUAUCAUCUUUCGGAUCUCU